AUGGCGGACGAGGCGAAGACGGACCGCCCGAAAACCCCGGUGUUGGAGGUGCCACAGGGAGACCGCACGUCGGGGAGGACGGCGUCUCCUGCCCGGCUAGCACCGGAGCUCGCGUUGAAGGCUCGGACUCAGAUGGGCCGGAUUACGCUACUCAAGGAGCUUAUUGAUUCCCUGCCGGUUGUCCCAGCGGAGACCUCGCUUGAGGAGGUCUCUCAGUUUCAGCAGCAGGUCGAGGAAACGCACAAGGCCUUUAUCAAGGAACACGCCUACCUUGAGGUCUCCUGGCCGGCGGCGUUCAUCAACGAGGAGUAUUUCUCAGGGAAUGCUCACCUCGACGAGUCGCGGUGCUACCUGCAGGCGCGACGGAUCAUAGGCGUGCUCCGCCACGCACUGACAGCUCAGUCCGCUCAACCGCAGACCAGCUCAUCGUCCGGCGAGACCAGACAGACGCACUCGCGCUUGCCGGACAUCUCACUCCCCAAGUUUACUGGGGAGUAUGCCGCGUGGCCUGCGUUCAGAGAUCUCUUCGCCAAUCUGAUCAUGAACAACGAGCAGCUCACGAACGUCGAGCGACUUCACUACCUCCGUUCGUCGGUGGAAGGCGCGCCAGCUCAGCUGAUCGCAGGUUUUCUCAUGUCUGGAGACUCGCUCAUGCCGUCCUGGGAGUUACUCAAGGAACGGUAUGAGAACAAACGCCUGCUCAUACAAGCCUGCCUUGACAAAUUAUUCGUCAGCUCAACCCCGGUGCCAAGGAAGGCGGCGUCCUUGGAUCGGCUGGUUUCGGGAGUUACGGAGGCGCUCAAGGGACUGGAGGCCCUCGAGGUUACGGACAAGCUCGGGGAUUGCGCGGUAGUCUAUCAUGUCACGCGACUCCUGGAUCGCGUGACACACGAGCAGUGGGAGAGCUCUAUUGGCGCGACGCGUGACUACCCCACGUUCGAGAAGCUCAAGAAGUUUCUAACGACGAAAAUACGGGCUCUCGAGCGAAUAGAAUCAUCGACAGCUCCUUCUGGUCCCCGCGGAGCAUCCUCACCACCGAAGAAGACGACAGCUCACCAGGCUACUCAUCAGUCUGCUCAUCAGGUCGACACAUCAUACCCGUGCGACUGCUGCGGCGCGCAGCAUUUUAUAGUGAUGUGUAGCAAAUUCCGGGCGCUACCACCAUCCGAGCGGCACACGGUGGCGAUACAGAAGCGGUUGUGCUUCAAUUGCCUGGGGCGUCAUGGUGUGCGCGCAUGUAAGUCUCAACGAGGAUGUAAGACCUGCUCGGGCCGGCACCACACAAUGCUGCACGGUACACAGACAUCCUCAUCGGCAGCUCAGAAGUCCGCCUUGGCAUUAGUCAACUCAUCGUCAACGCAUCACUCAGCGCGCCUGCUCAUUGACACAGGAUCCGAGCUCACCUUCGUCUCGGAGAAUCUCAUGCGGCAGCUCAACAUCCCUCGUCAACACUCCGGUCUUCUCAUCACUGGAAUUGCAGGCAAGGAGUGUACUCGGACACGAGGAGUCGUGUCACUCACGUUACGCUCGAUGCAUUCCAACGCAGCUGCCACAAUUCAAGCUCAUGUCCUCCGGACAGUUACAUCAAUCUUACCAUCGUUCGAGGCGGAACCGGAAGAAUGGCCGCACCUCAAGGACUUGGCAUUAGCCGAUCCUGAUUUUCUCAUCCCGCGGCCAGUUGACAUCCUCAUCGGCGCAGACGCUUACGGACAAAUCAUCAAGCCUAAUAUCAUUCGGCAUUCUCCACUCAUGCCGAUAGCGCAACUCUCCAUUUUCGGAUGGCUCGUUCUUGGACCAGUCAAUAGGGAAGCAACACGCACAUCAACGCAUCAUGCUGCUACUCAAUUCAACGAGGAUGCUCUUAUUGAGUUAUUGACAAAAUUCUGGGUUCAAGAGGAGGUGCCUACUCACGUUGUCACUCAGCUCACUCCUAACGAGCAGAGGUGCGAGAAGCACUUCAAUACUACACACUUUCGUGAUUCUCCAGAGAGGUACAUCGACCGGAUUCUACUCAAUUCACCAGACGAUCUUUUGGGUGAUUCUUACAACGUCGCUCAUCAAUGUCUGAAGGGAUUACGCAGACGAUUCUCAAGGGAUGUGAACUAUCAACGGCUCUAUCAACAAUUCAUGAUGGAUUACGAGGCGCUCAACCACAUGACGAAGGCAUCAUCCAUCUCCAGUCGCCGCUCACACUUCUACCUACCACAUCACGGUGUUCUCAAGCCUGACAGUACAACAACGAAGCUGCGAGUCGUAUUUAAUGGCUCCAGCGCAUCAACAUCGGGCUACUCUGCUAACGACCUCAUGUAUACUGGAGCGAAAUUGCAUCUGAAUAUCUCAGAUGUUCUCCUCUGGAUACGAAGACACCGUCACAUCUUCGCUACGGAUAUCACCAAGAUGUACAGGCAGAUCAAAAUUCACAAGGAUGACUGGGAGUUACAACGGAUACUCUGGAUGGAUGAUCAACUCAAUGAAGUGCCAUAUCAUCUGACAACCGUCACCUACGGGACAAAGGCCGCGCCGUUCUUGGCCGUACGGACGCUAUUACAAUUAGCAGAGGACGAAGGGCAUAACUAUCCACUGGCCGUGCCAUCCAUCACUCAUGGCAGGUAUGUCGAUGACAUAUUUGGUGGUGCAGAUACGAUUCAACAAUUGCAGGAGGUCGCACAUCAACUCAAGGGCCUCUGCAUGGCGGGCGGCUUCCCACUGGCAAAAUGGCAUGCUACUCAUCUCGACAUACUCAAGACUGUCACCGACAACGAAGACCAAGGCUUACCAAUCACAUUCGACGAUUGCGCAACCAAGAUACUCGGACUCAAAUGGCUCCCUCAAGAAGACACAUUUGCAUUCUCAACGAGAAGCUCACGCAAGGAAGGCAGGCUCACAAAGCGCCUCGUAUUAUCUGAAGUGGCUCAGAUAUUCGAUCCACUUGGCUUUGCAUCACCCGUCGUGAUCAAGGCCAAAAUUCUCUUGCAGGAGCUGUGGCUGCACAAGCUCCAAUGGGAUGAGCUCCACUGCCAUCCCAGCUCUCAACCCGGUGGCUCAUCAUCAGAGAAGAACUCACAAGCCUGGCCAGGCUCUCAAUACCUCGGUGGCUCAAUACGUGGAGCGACUCGCAAGUGGAACUUCAUGGAUUCUCUGAUGCUUCUCAAUUGGCAAUGGCUGCAGUCAUAUACAUUUCCGUUCACGGCUCAAACGGCGCCACGUUCUCACUUGUGUGCUCCAAGACUAAGGUAG